AUGCUGUUUCCACAUUCUUGCUCUUCUUUACCAACUCAAUCAACCCAUCAAAGACAUCAACUUAGUGACUUUAAUCAACAAAUUCUGAAAGGAAUGACGGCUGGUAUUUUGGCUGCAGCUAUUUCAAAAAGUGCAGUGGCACCAAUGGACAGAGUUAAAUUGGUUUUGCAGUUGAUGUAUGUUGAUGUUUGCCUUAAGGAAGAAUGGAGAAGGACAGACAAUGACGUAAUAACACGGACGGGCAAACAAAACUCGGACGAACACGGACAGACAAAACACGGACGUACACAGACAGACAACAGACGCACGGACUCGGCAGACAUAACACGGACGAACACGGACAGACGUACAGACCCGGACAGACAAUCAGUGUUUUGUCUCCAAACAAUCACAUCUCGUGCCGAAAUUGCUAUUUGCCAUCGACAGCCUUAUCAAGGAAUUUAUGACUGUUUUCGACGUUUAUGUGCCGAGCAAGGCUUUCGUUCUUUAUGGCGUGGAAAUUCUGCUACAGUGAUUCGCUGUAUCCCAAAUCAAGCACUCAAUAUGUUGUUUAGAGACAAAUUUCGGAUUACUUUAUUAGAUGGAAUUGAUUGGAGGGAUAGACCUUUUAGAUUUGUUUUAGGAAAUCUAGCAGCAGGCGGUGCCGGUGGUGCAUUAACUUUACUAGUCGUUUAUCCUCUCGAUUUGGCACGGACUCGUCUAGCGGUUGAAAGAGUUGACUCAGUCCGAAAUAUUUCACAAUGCUUUUCUUUGGUUUCUGCAAAUGAAGGGUUGCCUGGACUUUAUCGAGGAUUUUGUGCUUCGCUUGUUUUUACUGUUGUUUCAAGGGCUGUAUUCUUUGGAAUUUUUGAUUCUAUUCGUCUUUCCAUGGAUGAGCAAAGAAGACGACGACUAAGCUUUUUUACUACUUGGUCGUUGGCACAGGCAUCUCUUAUUGUUUCUUCAUUGCUCUGUUAUCCUUUGGACACUGUUAGACGUCAUUUAAUGAUGGAAGCUGGCCAAAGCAAAAAACUUUACAAAAAUCAAUUUGAGUGUUGGAAGGGUAUUUUAUACAAUGAAGGGCCAAAAGCUUUGUACAAGGGAGCACUCACUAAUUCGUUAAGAUGUACAAGUGGUGCACUUAUUUUGGCUGUAUAUUAUGAGGUAUUGAAAUAUUUAUAGAGGAUUGGGACGCAGUUUUAUGUUGAACUUUGACUCGUUUGAUUUGUUUUUUGGUAGAUUUUAUGUUAGCAGGGGCUUAUCCAGAGAAAGUUUUAGAAAGGAAGGGGGGGGGGGGGGGGAGGGAACGAUAAAAAAUUUCUAAUUUUUCCUCUGUCCAAUACUUUUUUUCAUUUUUUGCCCCUUAUCUUUCUUCUGGAUAACCCUAUGGAAUUUAUUAU